GCGGCUCUCGCGGGACUUGGGGGCCCCUCACGGCCCGGCCCGGGCCCCUCACGGCGGGAUCUGCGGAGCCUCCGUCCCGCCGGGAUCUGCCCGGGAAAGGGCUUCUCCUUCGAAAUACAAAGCUUCCCGGAGCCCGGGGAGCGCAGCCCUGCCGGGACCGGCUCACCCCAGCCGCGCUCGUGUGUAGUCUCUGGAAUUAGCUUCGCUUGAGAGCCGGAAAAGGGACUCCCCCUCCAGACCGCGUUUCCAGGAGUGGAAAAGAAGCUGCUGUGGUGAUGUUAGAUCCUUUAGAGAACAACCUGUUUGAUCUCCCGGACUACGAGAACACAGAGGACGAAACAUUCCCACCUCUCCCACCUCCUGCCUCUCCUGGAAGAGAUGAUGCUGACUGGGUUGAGGCUCACGCAGAUGGGAACCAGCAGACACAAACCAAGGGCUCUGCUGUGGUCACACGGAAUGCUCUUAAAAGACCAAGGCCUAAACUGGAUGCCCAGAGAUUAACUUCAGAAAGGGGACUGCCAGCCCUCAGACACAUGUUUGACAACGUGAAGUUCAAGGGCAAAGGGCACGAGGCAGAGGACCUGAAGACACUCAUACAACAUAUGGAGCACUGGGCCCACAGACUGUUCCCAAAAUUGCAGUUUGAGGAUUUUAUUGACAGAGUGGAGAAUUUGGGAAACAAAAAGGAAGUCCAGACCUGCCUAAAGAGGAUUAGACUUGAUCUUCCUAUUUUACAUGAGGACUACAAAAAUAAGGAAGAAGGAGAAGGGGAAAGCAAUGGACUGGAUGCAGCUGCUGAAGAUGCACAUUCCAGCUCUAGGAAUGCAGAGGAACCCAAAUCCCUGCCUGGCACAGCUCUCACAGAGGAGCAGCAGGAGCGGAUGAAGAAGAACAGGCAGCUGGCCCUGGAGAGGAGGCAGGCAAGGCUGCAGGGGCUCAGCCAGGCCCAGCUCAGCCAGGCCCAGCUCAGCCAGGCCCAGCCUAGCGAGCUGCCCCCCAGUUCCUCAGGAGAGGAGCUGCACACCCCGGUCACUCAGGAUCCCACUGACCUUACUGAAGACACUCCAGUUCCUCCAGCUGCUCUUACAGAAGAUGGGGAUGGAGCACUGGAAUGUGCCAGGGAAGAGCAGUAGCUGUUCCCACACCCUGAAUGCCUUUUUGACCCAAAGGCCCCACUGCUCUAAGUACUGUCGUUACACUGAGCUGUUGCUGGUUCACUGCACUCCAUGAGCUCCAGGGAAGUCCUCACCAUGGCACUGCUGGAGUGGGACACAGCUCUUCCCUGGAAGCUGCAGAUGAGCAGCUCCACACACCAGGAAACAGAACAAACUUCUCCAGCUGCACUUAAACCAUCUUUUCCACCUCCCACAACGUUUUUAGGAAAUAUUAAUGAGGUUUUUUACCUACUUUGAAUUUAGUUUAUAAUUUAUGCCAAACUGAAUUACCUGGGGUGUUGACAGGUGAAUUUCUAUUAAAGUUGUGUUGUUUGGGGUUUUUUACCAGCUCUGUUUGGGUCUGAACAGGGGGACUGGAAUUUUUUAACAUGUUUAUGCAGACCUGCAUUUUUUUCUUACAAAAUUAAAGUUAUUAAAUUUCUGAAGUCAAA